AUGGGAUUACUUACGGAAAGUAUGCUGGAUGACCCAGCAAUGUUACGAUUUAUGCAUGAAGUUGGGAAUAUUUAUGCAAACCCUAAGCGUGGCUCAUGGCUUAUUGACGUGGAAGAAUACAUGGCACAAUUACCGAAUCAUAUCGUACCAAGAGUGAAUUCUAGCGGUGAGAAACAUCGCGAAAAACAGCUCCUCACUCAGCUGCCACGGCAGGAUCUAUCAGUUGCAUACUGCCGACAUCUAGGAUCGAACACUGAAAGAAAGCAUCCAAUUUUAAAAAAACGUUUGCGUUUGAAAAGCUUAAGGCUCAAUAUCGAUCGACUGCUCAUUGAGGUGGCAUUUUUACCGUAA